UGUUGCUGAGUUUUAUGUGUGGGCAGAAGCUGAAUUCACCAUCAAAGAGAUAGGAAAGGAAAAGAUGUUUAAAAACUCUUAUUAAGCAUAUGUUUAAUAAGAGAAUAGCGAUAUGAGAGAAUUCCCAACAAGAAGUGAUUGGCUUGUUGCAGGAUGAGGUCUACAGUGGAGUGCAGAAGAAGAAAGAAGAGAUAACCAAUGAGGCUACUACAAGAUGUUAAGGGUGUUCCCAGCUUGCAUCAUUUGGGGAGGUCACUAGUUUAAAUAUCUGAGAGGACGAAAUUAGAUACCACUUCGGGACCUAAAGAGCUUCUCCACCACCAGAGCCAUUGCUGAUAUUGCCUUGAGAGAGCCGGUACAGGCCGAGUCACAACUUCACCAGCGACACUCCACCAAAGCCCUGUGGAGAAUUUCUGACACCCAAAAUGUCUGGAAAUCGAAGUAUAAAUUACCCUGGACAUGACGACAAUGAUGAAGAGUCUGACAUACCUCAUACCAAACAGUUGUGCAAAGGCAAAAAACACAGUGUAGAUCUAAAAAUAUCAAGUGACAUAAAUAAGAAAAUAUUAAGAAAGGAAACUUGGGAAAUCAAACGCAAUACUACAAAGAAGCCAAAUGUGAAUGUCACAUCAGCUCAUGUUGAUUUAGUCGAUACCAUAAACAUAAUUGAUACAUAUGACAGAUCACCAAAAGCCUUUGCAAAAAAGAAGUAUGCUCAAGCUGGAAAAUAUGCUCACGGUCUUGAAGACAAACCAGGAAAGAGGAUUCCUAAGGCUGGAGUCUAUGCAGAAGCAGGAGUUGGACAAGCUCGUGCUGAAUACAGUGUAUUUGAGGCAGAAGCCAAAGGCCCAAACGCCUCAGCUGGUGCAGAAGCCAGUUUGGUUGGAGUCGGAGCAAUGGCUCGAGCUGAAAUCGCCAGUGCAUCAGCUAAAGCCGGUCCAGUUGGUGUGAAAGUCGGGCUUGGAGUUGACACGGGUGUGUCUUUUGGUGUGGGUGGGGUGGAGGCCAAAUUCCUGGGAACUGGAAUCUCAAUUGGUCCAAAAACCAGUGUAUCUGUUCUGGGUUCAGAAGUCUCAUGUUCAGUCAUGUAAUCGGACAGGUAUUACCUUAAUUAUAAGUCUUUGGAUUUUCAUAUGCAACAUUUUUCUACCAAAUUAUGAAAACAAAAGUCUAAUAUAUCAACAUUUGUGAGAUUAAAUCAUCAAAAGGUUUAAGAUAAAUUUAUAUAAAUUUGUAUUUCUG